CUCAAAUCGAAAUUCAAUUUACAUUUUCAACAAAAAAAAAUUCCACAUCAAUCCGAGAAAGGUGUUUAAUUUUGAAUUUUGAAAAAAUCAAAUCGGCAAAAUGGCAACCAAACAACAAAUUGUUCUUGUAACCGGUGGUUCCGGUCUUGUUGGCCAAGCAAUUCGUAUGAUUGUCGAACAACAACAACAACAACAAGAAUCUUCAUCGAAUAAUAAAUAUCAAUUUAUAUUUGUUAGUACAAAAGAUGGUGAUCUUUCCAUUUUGAAUGAAGCACGACAAAUAUUUGAAAAAUAUCGACCAAAUUAUGUUAUACAUUUAGCAGCAAUGGUUGGCGGUCUAUUUCGUAAUCUAAAAUAUAAUCUGGAAUUUCUUCGUACAAAUUUAGCUAUUAAUGAUAAUGUAUUAUUGUUGGCAAAAGAAUUUCAUGUUCAAAAAUGUAUAUCAUGUCUAUCGACAUGUAUAUUUCCGGAUAAAACCACAUAUCCAAUCGAUGAAACAAUGAUACAUUUAGGACCACCACAUCAAUCGAAUUUUGGUUAUUCAUAUGCAAAACGUAUGAUCGAUAUUCUGAAUCAUGCAUAUUCGGAUCAUUUUAAAAAUAAUCCCGCUGAUUAUGUUGUUGACGGUUCGAAUCAGUUGCCAAUUUUUACAUCAAUAAUACCUACAAAUGUUUAUGGGCCAUAUGAUAAUUUUAAUCUUGAAGAUUCACAUGUUAUACCUGGAUUGAUUUACAAAGCUUAUAAUGCUGUUCAGGAUGCUAAAUUGAAAAAUUCAAAUACGGCUAAAUUAUUGGUAUUUGGUAGUGGUCAACCACGACGACAAUUUAUCUAUUCAUUAGAUCUGGCCCGAUUAAUUCUAUGGACAAUGGAAAAUUAUAAUGAAAUUGAACCAAUAAUAUUGAGUGUUGAUGAAUCGGAUGAGCUGAGUAUUGGUGAAGCAGCUAAAUUGGUUGCCGAAUCAUUCGAACGAUCAUAUCCUGAUAUACGGAUGGAAAUUCAAUUCGAUACGAAUUAUAGUGAUGGACAAUUUAAAAAAACUGCAAGUAAUUUAAAAUUACGUCGAUAUUUACCCGGAUUUCAAUUUACAUCAAUGUCCGAUGGUAUUCGUGAUACAAUUCGUUGGUUUAUAACCAAUUAUGAUGUGGCAAGAAAAUGAAUUUUUUUACACAAUUAUAAUUUGAAAAAAAAAUUUGAAACAUUCUUUUAUUAUUUCGCACUAAUAUUAUAUAAAUUUGUGAA